CUGAGGAGUGAAAGGAUGUUUUCUCUAUUGUGGAGGAUCCUGUUGGAGCUUUUCCUGGUUUUGUGGAUUUUUGAGGGUGUCAUCAGGUGUGUUUUUAGUAAAGAGCUCAAAUCUCCCAGCAGCAGGGUGAAGCCAAUGUCACCAUCUGAUUUCCUGGAUAAAUUAAUGGGGAAAACUUCAGGAUAUGAUGCUCGGAUCAGACCCAACUUUAAAGGUCCUCCAGUUAAUGUUACGUGCAACAUUUUUAUCAACAGCUUCGGCUCCAUCACAGAGACCACCAUGGACUACCGGCUUAAUGUUUUUCUACGGCAGCAGUGGAAUGACCCUCGGCUGGCAUAUAAAGAAUAUCCAGAUGACUCCCUGGAUCUAGACCCAUCCAUGCUGGACUCCAUCUGGAAACCAGACCUGUUCUUCGCCAAUGAGAAAGGAGCCAACUUUCAUGAGGUCACCACAGACAACAAACUGCUGAGGAUUUUCCAGAAUGGAAAUGUGCUGUACAGCAUCAGACUUACUCUGAUUCUGUCAUGUCCUAUGGAUCUGAAGAAUUUCCCAAUGGACAUACAGACCUGCACUAUGCAACUCGAGAGCUUUGGCUAUACUAUGAAUGAUCUGAUAUUUCAGUGGUUGGAUGAAGCCCCAGUGCAAGUGGCUGAUGACCUUGUGCUGCCCCAGUUUGUCCUGAAGGAGGAGAAUGACCUUGGUUACUGUACAAAACACUACAACACUGGUAGGUUUACCUGUAUAGAGGUAAAGUUUCAUCUGGAGAGGCAGAUGGGUUAUUACCUGAUCCAGAUGUACAUCCCCAGCCUUUUAACAGUCAUCCUGUCGUGGGUCUCUUUCUGGAUCAAUAUGGAUGCUGCUCCUGCCCGUGUUGGGCUGGGCAUUACUACAGUUCUUACCAUGACAACACAGAGCUCUGGGUCCCGAGCAUCACUGCCUAAGGUGUCCUAUGUGAAGGCCAUUGACAUCUGGAUGGCAGUGUGCCUGCUGUUUGUCUUUGCCGCUUUACUGGAGUAUGCAGCCGUUAACUUUGUCUCUCGGCAGCACAAAGAAUUUUUCAGACUUAGGAGAAAAUUGCGGGAAGAACAACGCCACAGAGCCGCCUCUGGACAGGCUGAAGGAACAGACAUGAAAAACAAAAGCAACAAUGUGACGGGGAGCACGCCAUCCAGAAAUGCACAACGCCACUGCAUCGCCUGCGCACGGGACGAGCAGAAACAGGAAUCACAGAAUCAGGAUUUGUACUUUAUGGGAUACGGGAUGGACACCUGUAUGUCUGGGGACGGGCCUCUCUCUGAGGCCGCUGCCAUGUUCGUGGGCCUUCCGCCUGGCCACGUGCUCUUUGAUAUCCGCCGCCGCUUUGUGGAACGAGCAAAGCGGAUCGACACCAUCUCAAGGGCCGUUUUCCCUCUUAGCUUUCUCGUAUUCAACGUCUUCUACUGGGUCACGUACAAAGUUGUUAGACAUGAGGAUAUUCAUCAUACCCUGCGACCUUAG